UUCAUAUCACUAUUUCCAUAUAUUCUUAUUCCAUUAAUUGCAUAAUAUAAGUGUAACGAUGCGAUCGGAACUCAAAUAUAUCUUGCUUCGCAUUAAUCCGCUAUAUGAUCCAGUCGUUGUUGAAAUCGUUAAGUUAAUGGAACGAUUCUAUUCGGAUCUAGAAAAAUUCAAAAAAUUUCGUGAGUCAGCGGCUGUUACUGGCCAUAUUGAGGACUUUAAUCAUCUAAACCGUCUUAUUUAUCGGAAUAAACAGUGCAGACGUACUUUGAUUGGGAUACUACGUAUAUUAAAUAAUGCCACUUGUGAUGAAGCCGACAUGGCCAGGACAUGUAUACGUUGCUUCCGUCAAGAACUGGAUAUCACUUACAAUAUGAUCCAGUCCGUCUUGUGAGUUGUCAACCGUGUCAAGCUGUUUCGGAUGAAUAUGAAAUAUUUAUUUAAAAGUGAAAUACUAA